ACGCCAGCCAAUAUUAUUUAAAUACCAUGUGUGACACAAAUGUCUGGUUUUGUGGGAAAAUAAACCUGCUAUAAAUAAACCUGCUAUAAACUCAUUCUUUUAUUUAUGAUGGUAGACAUCAUCCUGGGAAACUAAUACUAUCCGAACAGGGCUGAUGGAUACUGCAGCUGUAGUUCAUUCUACUGAAAAAAAUAAUAGAAAAAUAGGACAGCAGAACAGAAAGCACAUUAUAGACAUCCCACUCCAACAUGAAACAUCUGUUAUCAUGAACUAAGAAAGAUGCCUGUUUGCAGUGUAUCAUCAGAUGGGCAAACAAUCCAAUAAACUGAAUAUCACACUCCUCCAUUUCAAACACAAACACACCUAUCAGUAACAUCAAAGUCCAUAUAAAUAUACACACACAGAAUGAUGACGUGGUCACCACACUAUUACGCACCUCUGCAAGGCCUCAAUGUAUGAAAACCACAUGUCAGUUUGUUCAGAGCAACAGAAUGGAUGAACAGCGGUGUGCCCUUCCUCCACCCCUUAAAACUGAGGAGGACUACAUCCCAUACCCCAGUGUUCAUGAGGUGUUAGGCAGGAAAAGCCCUUUUCCUCUGAUCCUGCUGCCUCAGUUCGGAGGUUACUGGAUUGAAGGCACCAACCACAAGCUGAGCAACGGAAAUGACCUGGAUCAACUGCUGUCUCCUACGUCCCACAUCAAACUGGAAACAAACACUACAGCCAAGAUCUACAGGAAACACUUUAUGGGAAAGGAGCACUUUAAUUACUACACAAUGGAUAGCGCUCUGGGCCACCUGAUCUUCUCAGUUAAAUAUGAAGUGAUUGGAGAUCAAGAACACCUACGUCUGAUGUUAAGGAGCAAACAGAAGACAUAUCACGACGUGAUCCCGAUAUCUUGUCUGACCGAAUUCCCCAACGUUGUCCAGAUGGCCAAGCUUGUGUGUGAGGAGGUGAACGUGGAUCGUUUCUUCCCAAUACUUUACCCAAAGGCUUCAAGGCUGAUUGUGACUUUUGAUGAGCAUGUCAUCAGUAACAACUUCAAGUUCGGAGUAAUAUAUCAGAAGUUUGGACAGACUGUUGAGGAGGAGCUGUUUGGAAAUAAUGAGGAAAGUCCAGCGUUUGUAGAGUUUUUAGAGUUUUUGGGGCAGAAGAUCGAGCUCCAUGAUUUUAAAGGUUUUCGGGGAGGCUUGGACGUGACACAUGGACAAACGGGCACAGAAUCAGUCUACUACAACUUCCAUAACAAAGAGGUCAUGUUCCACGUAUCCACCAAGCUCCCCUACACUGAAGGUGACAUGCAGCAGCUGCAGAGGAAGAGACAUAUAGGAAAUGACAUUGUGGCCAUUGUGUUCCAAGAGGAGAACACUCCCUUUGUGCCAGACAUGAUCGCAUCAAACUUCCUUCAUGCCUACGUUGUGGUACAAGUGGAGAAUCCAUGCUCUGAUAAUGUCCUAUACAAGGUGUCGGUGACCGCGAGAGAUGAUGUCCCUUUCUUUGGACCAACUCUACCUGAUCCUGCCAUAUUCAAGAAGGGACCUGAGUUCCAUGAGUUUUUAUAUACAAAGCUCAUCAACGCUGAGCAUGCCUGCUACAAAGCUGAGAAGUUUGCCAGACUGGAGGAGCGCACUCGAGGAGCCCUGCUGGAGACGCUGUACGAAGAGCUGCAUAUCAACAGCCAGGCCAUGAUGGGGCUCAUUGGGGAUGAGGAGAAGCUCGAGAAUGGAGGCGGAGGAGGAGGGGGCUUCUUUGAAUCUUUCAAGCGGGUGAUCCGCAACAGGAGCCACUCUCUGGAUGCCAUGAGUUUCAGUAUUGGGAAGCGCACGGUCUCCUCUAGUCACAGCGGCAGUUUUCCCCACAACAACAACAACAACAACGAUCAGCUGCUCUCACCAGAGGCCCCCAAAUACGCUGGGAUAUCAUUGCUUGUCCCAGGGAAAAGUCCCAGUAAAUACGGACGUCGCGGCAGUGCCAUAGGGAUAGGAACAAUAGAAGAGGUUCAUUCUCUGAUCAUUCCUGGGAAAAGUCCAACGAGGAAAAAGUCUGGCCCGUUCAACUCCCGCAGGAGCAGCGCCAUCGGCAUCGAGAACAUCCAGGAGGUGCAGGAGAAAAACAGCAGAGAGAGUUCUCCGAGCGCACAGAAGACUCCUGACAGUGGACACAUAUCACAGGAGCCCAAGUCUGAAAACUCGUCCAAUCAGAGCUCACCUGAGGUCCUUGUCACGAAGAACAGCUCGGCCAUGUGCUUCAGAGCUCCUUCCAUCCCUGAAGCUCAUGACUUGUCACGCUCCUCCUCAAAUGCCAGCAGUUUUGCCAGUGUGGUGGAGGAGAACGAGACCGAGGCCACUGAGGACUAUGAUACAGGCAUGGAAAGUCUGUCAUCAGCAGGAACACCACACAAGCGGGACUCGUUCACCUACAACACAUGGCUAGAGGACAACGCAAACAACAUCAGCACCACCAGAAAGGGAAGCUCUCCUGGUAUAGGCAAACCACCCGACGGGGGUAAAGGUCAUGAGCAGAACCGCACGGAUAUCCGCAUCAAACUAGAUCGACCGCUUGACCACAAGUCUACAUCGAACUGCUAGUCUCUCCAAUCUGAUUACAUCAUGGAUCUCCAUCAACAGUUACCAUUAUAGCAUUCCUACAAACCUCAUGAGCUCGGGUUUUCACCGUGACUGCUACUGCUGCUGAAGAUGAUGAUGAUGAUGAAGAAGAUGAAAAUGGCUCCAGCCUGUACCACAGUGACAGAUGACAGGAUUGUGAUUAUGUACAUAAUAGAGUGACGAUGCCCUGCAUCAGACUCCUGCUUUACUGGUAGCCCAGUAAAGGACCGAGUGAGAGAGAGAGAGGCAGAGAUGGGGAGCACAGACUGCAUGGAGAAACUUCAUUUGCACUGCAUCACUUUCCUUUUCAUGGUGAAUUUCUCAUCUGGUUUCCACUUUGCUGGAUUCGGCCUGUUCUGUUCAGUCCUCAGUACCGCUUCUAAUCCAUCAAUCAAGUGGUAUUUUUGCCUUUUAAGCAUAGACUGCUAUCCUUUUCUCAUCUUAGCGAAAGGCUCCUAAAGCUGUGCCAUGUUGAGCUCCAAAUAUCCCAAAAAAAGCAGCAUGCAGCAGGAGCUCGUUCAUCAGGGAAAGCUGACUGGAAUGUUUCUCAGACAUUGGCAUGGGCAUGCUGUUUUAUUUUUAUUUUAUUUAUUAUUGUUAUCUGAUUUUUGCCUCUGCGUAAUCACUACUGAUAUUGGUAUUGUGUUACAUCUGAAGGGAAAAAAAUGUACAGUCUAACAUACAUACAGUCGGACAUAUAAAACUACAGAGCAAACAUUUUUGUCAAUAUCAUUCCCAGGCAGUCAACAAAAUUAAAAAAAAAAAAAAAAAAAACGAAUGAGCUAUAGUCAGCUCAUUAUAUAUUCUUUAAAUAGAAAUUGCAUAAAAAUACCUGACUAAACCCUCAAAAAGGUGAUUCAUCCAGCCAGCUAAGUAGCUCCAGCAUUCAUAGAAUGGGAUCGGUUGUGUUAUAAACCUCAUGUGUCCUGUCUAUAGUGAGAAAAUCUCCUUCAUUGAGUCUUGGUUAUUUGUGUGCAAAGGACGUUCACCUUAAUUAUAUAAAACACCGAAAACAUUAGAUACAACAGACUGUGAAUUCUUUCUGUAAUGUGCUCACUUGAGUAUAAAAUGGUGUAUCGGUUCUUUGUUAAUGUAUUUGGACCCUCGAUCUGUGAAGAAUGCCACCUUAAGGGUUUACGUCUGCUUAAAGCAUUCAGGCCUUCCCAUUCAAAUCCACGCCAUGACAGAAAUAGUCAUACAUGGUGAGUUUUUGUUUUGUUUUUUAUUUCAACUCAAGCUGUUUUGUAAAAUACAUUCCCCCCCCCCAGACAUAAAGAUUAGUCUAUUUAGAUCAACGCCAUAUAAUCAUAGGCCUAAACCUGACACUGUCUUUGUACCUGAGUAAUGCCAAACUCACUGAUCAUGUGUCCUUAUUUAAAAUGUGAUAUCAUUGAGAAUUUCUAGCGCAAAGGAUAACAGUGCAUGUGGUUGCCUUACUGUAAGGAACAUCGGCAAUCAGGGAGGAUGCGAGGUAGCUGAAGGUAUAACUGUUGAGUAAAUAUUCAAGGAUAUAUAUAUGCGUAUUUAUUUUUGAAAAAAAAUGAGUUUAACUUUGUGUUUUAUUUGUCCCAGUGGCCUGUGCAUGAGCAGAAUUUUCUAUUCAUUUCUGUUGGUAACAAGCUAAAAUCAGGAUUAUGAAUUAAUCCAGUAAACCUUUAAUCUCUUAAAAUAUGUAGUUAUGAGAGAGGUGAGUGUGUUCCCAGUGAGGAGCCCUGGGAGGUGAAGGAGAGUUUUACGUACGUACGUACGUCUUCCUGACAGACUUUGAUCUCAGUCUUGCUCGAUAAUGCAAGUCAUCACUGUGUGAAAAUGAAGGACAUUUUCAAAGUUCAUAGAAAUACUUUGAAUUAAAUGUAUAAAAGGGAAAAUAUUCGGGGGGGGGGUUGUUUUUGUUUUUUUCCUGAAACAAAUUAAUUGCCUCUGUCAGUCAGUCCUGUUUAGUGCUUUUGUGCCCCUUUGAGAUCAAUUCUGGUCUUUUUUUUUUUAAUCUAGAAGUAUCAAUCGUGUAGUUUCAGUGCAAACGUCGAAAUAGGAAACAAAAAAAAAAAAUUGAGCAGGAAAUGUGUGCUGCUUAAAACAGGGUACAAAUCAAGCAAUGCUACAGCUCUUAGUGUGACCUCUUCAUGCUUUUGUGGGCUCAUUUGUGUAAAUACAGCUGUUUUGUACAUAGGCCUACUGCCCCAAAAAAUGAUGAAAUAAAGAGAUUUGGGUGGAAUAUU